AUGGCGCCUGCAAAACACAGAUACCUGCUGAUGAGAAGCAGCAGCGACAAUCUGUACGUGGACAAAUCUGGGCGCCAUGAUGUGGAGAAGACGGUCGUGGAAGUACCGUUCUGGGAGACAGAGCGAGCGGCUUGGAUGAAAGUCUUCGUGAGCCCCAUGAACAUCUUGCUGAUCUUCGUGCCCUUAGGGCUGAUUGCCCCGGCCAUGGAGUGGAACAGCGCCAUCGUCUUCGGCUGCAACUUCGUGGCCAUCGUGCCCUUGGCCUCCAUCCUGGGUGCCGCCACGGAGGCCAUGGCGGCGCACACGGGGCAGAUGGUGGGCGGCCUUUUGAACGCCACCUUCGGCAAUGCAGUGGAGAUGAUUAUGUGUGUGCAGGCCGUGCGGGCUGGGCUGAUCCAAGUGGUCCAGGGAAACCUGCUGGGCUCUGUGCUCUCCAAUCUGUUGCUGGUCUUGGGCAUGGCAAUCCUCGGCGCUGGCUACUACCACUCCGAGUCCAAGUUCAAUUCUCAAGGAGCUGCGGCGAACAUGACCUGCCAGGUGGUGGCUUCCAUUAGCAUCUGCCUGCCCACCAUGUUCCGCUCCAUCCAGGGGAGUACCGACGCAGAGAUCCUGCUUCUCUCGCGGAUAUGCUCCCUCUUCCUGUGCUUGGUGUAUUUCAUGUUCCUUGUCUUCCAGCUCUACACGCACUCAGAGCUGUUCUCCGAUGAGGGAGGUGAGGAGGAGCAUCACGGCGCCAUGUCGCUGACAGGGUCCACGGUGCUGCUGGCCGGCAGCACGCUGGUGGUGGCGGCCUGCUCCGAGGGCCUCGUGGACUCCAUCGAAGACGUGUCGGAGAACUUCGGGCUGCCGAAGGCCUUCAUCGGAGUCAUCCUGCUGCCCAUCGUGGGCAACGCCGCGGAGCACGCCACGGCGGUGACCAGCGCCAUGAAGGGCAUGAUGGACCUCUCCCUCGGUGUGGCCGUGGGCUCCUCCACUCAGAUCGCGCUCUUCGUGGUGCCCUGUGCUGUGCUCUGGGGCUGGAUCUUCGAUAGUCCCAUGACCCUUAGCUUCCGGAACUUCGACACCGCCUGCCAGAUGGUCACCGUCUUUCUGGUGUCCCAGGUGCUUUCGCACGGCAACACCAACUGGCUCCAUGGGGUCAUGCUGAUGACGACGUACAUUUUGAUCGCCGCAAUCACCUGGUUCAUCCCGGAGUGA